UCAACAAACAGGCGGCGGCGCUUCUUUCAGAGUUUGUACCGUGUCUCUUCGGUGGCUUGCAGUAAACGACACAUCGAGGAUUCUUCAAACGGUUAUAUAAAAGAGGGAGCUAAUUGGCUGUCUGUGUGACGCACCACGAUUGCAAAUUAGGAAUCAUCGCUUGCAGGAUGGCUACAUGCACCAACACGGUAGCAACGGGCUUAAAUGAGAAUCAAUCGAGCAAAGAGAGCACGGAAAACAGUAACAAUGAUAACGUUGCGCUUCCAGCAAAUGACACAGCAGCUGAAAAUUUGUCUGAACCAUCUCGAUGCUUUGUAUGCGACGUAAGAGUUCAGGGUCGUUAUUACGCUUUGGCCACUUGUCGAACUCAGAGCAGCAGAGCUCGCGUUAUAGAGAAACUGGGCGAGCUUGUGGGCGAGAGAUACAUGGUUGUCAUCUCAGAAGAUGACUUGAUAUGCAGAGGCUGCGCCAAUCUGAUGAAUACACUCGACAGACUUGAGAAUGAAAUGCGAGGUGUAAAAGAUGUGAUUUUGCGUUUCUUAGAACGCAAAUAUUCACUGGAGGAAGGAGAACUUCUCGGUAGCAGUGAAACGGUCAAACCUUGCCAGCCACCACAGAUCACUAAGAGCCAAACCCAAAAUGGAGGCGGUUAUCACGGAAGGAAAAGAGCAGCUGUUAGUUCUAUGGAUGUAUCCUCCAACGGAGGGAAGCAAAAAAAAUCCAAUAAUGUUUGGAUGCAAUGUGACAAAUGUCGAUACACAACUCGUUACAACGCAUUUAUGGUCCAUCACAUUCGACAGCAUAUUAAACAGCGUAUUACAUGCGACAAAUGUGGUGUACAAAUAAAGAAUCAGCAAAGUUUUCAUCUGUGCAAAGAACAAGAAUUCAAAAAUGAAAGUGUUGAUGUGCCUGAGAUCCAAAAUAAUGUAAAGGAGUCUGUGGUGGAGACCUUUGCAACGAGUACAAUUGCGCUCCCAAAUUGUGAAAAAGAAGAACAUAUAUCAAUUGUCAUCCCGCAAUCGGACCAUCAAUUAGAAACUGAGUCAAAAGAGGAAACUGUGCAGCUUAUUCGAUUGUCAAGUCCUGAUCAUCUUGACCUGCAAAAUAUGGUUACUUCAGGAGAUGUAAAUGCGACUGGACACGAGGUGUACGUACGAGUACUACAACAUGUUGAAGACGAACAUGGGAACCCUCAGGUGGCUGUCGAACCCAAUAGUAACACGGGCAUGGUUGUAAAUGUAAAAGAGGGAUCCGGAAAACAGAUGCUAACUUUAGCAGAGGAUGGUAGUUUAGAAAUGGUUGAAGUUACUUCUUGGGAUGAUGUUCAUUCUUCCCAAUCCGAUCCAGACGUACCAUUUUGAAGGUGCUAAUUCCAGUGAUGUUCAAGUUAUUUCAUUAUACUAAUUACAUUUAUAUGCAAAGAUUACUAUUAACCUAAUUCUUAAACCUUUAAAAAUUACACUCGUCAUCAGGGACCUGAUAAAUUAAAUGUGUUAAGUAAGAAAGUUUAGAGCUACUCGUGAUCACGAGAAGUUUUAGGUGACCUUGACACCUGGAUAUGUUCAAAGUUUGACUUUUAUUCGUAACCGAAAAUUGCUUCACUCCGGAUUCGGUGUAAUCGUUUAGUAAGACAACGUUAAAAGGCAAUCUCGAUUGUUAUUCGUAUCUGCUCUUGUUUUAGGAAAAAAAAUUAUUUAAACAAAUAUAAUUUUUCCCAUGCCAAUAUCGUCUACGAGUAUA